AUGGUGGCCGUGGUGUAUCUGAUGACGAGAGCCUCGGCCAUGGUCUGGGAUGGCUGCGUGGCAUUGCUGCUGCUGCUGGUGGCCGCUCUGGGGCUGGGGCAGCGGCCGCACCCUGAGCCUGGUCUCCGGGGCCUGCGGCACAGCUCUGACUGUGGGAUCAAGGGCAUGCAGCUGCUGGUGUUCCCCCGGCCGGGCCAGACCGUCCGCUUCAAGGUCGUAGAUGAAUUUGGGAACCAAUUCGAGGUCCACAACUGCUCUGUCUGCUACCACUGGGUCACCGCCAGGCCCCUGGGACCCUCCGUCUUCUCUGCUGACUACAGAGGUUGCCACGUGCUGGAGAAGGGCGGGCGCUUCCACCUGAGGGUGUUCGUAGAAGCCGUGCUGCGCGACGGUCGAGUUGACGCGGCAGGAGAGGUCACCCUGAUCUGUCCUAAACCUGGCCACACCUGGACUCCGGAGUCCCACCUGGCCUCACGCACAGGCUUCUCCCUGCCUACCCCUCAUACCCAGCCCCUCCGCCCCACCCAGGAGCACAGCUUCACCCGUCCGACCCCUGCCCUGCUGCCCCUUAGACCUGGAGCCACCCGUCCCACCCUGACUCUGCCCCAGUGGGACAUCUUGGAACACUGGGGGGUUGACGAGCCCCUUCACCCAGGGGCACCUCUGACCUGGGAGCAGUGCCAGGUGCCCUCUGGGCACAUCCCCUGUGUGGUGAGAAGAGGUUCGAAGGAAGCCUGUCAGAAGGCUGGCUGCUGCUAUGACAAUAGCAGAGCAGUUCCCUGUUACUAUGGCAACACAGCAACAGUCCAGUGCUUCAGAAAUGGCCAUUUCGUCCUGGUGGUGUCCCAAGAAACAGCCUUGGCACAUGGGAUCACGCUGGCCAACAUCCACGUGGCCUAUGCCCCCACCAGCUGCUCCCCGACUCAGGACACGGGGUCCUUCGUGGUCUUCCAAUUCCCUCUGACCCACUGUGGGACCACCGUCCAGGUGGUUGGCAACCAGCUCCUCUAUGAGAACCAGCUGGUGUCAGACAUCGACGUCCGAAUGGGGCCACAGGGCUCCAUCACACGGGAUGGCGCCUUCCGGCUUCACGUGCGCUGUACCGUCAACGCCAGUGACUUCCUGCCGCUCCAGGCGUCUAUCUUCUCACCCCCCUCGCCGGUCCCCGUGAUCCAGUCCGGCUCCCUGCGGUUCCAGCUGCGGAUCGCCACGGAUGAGACUUUCCGCUUUUUCUACGAGGAGGGGGACUACCCCAUCGUGAGGCUGCUCCGCGAGCCUGUGUCCGUGGAGGUCCGGCUCCUGGACAGGACAGACCCCGGUCUGGUCCUGCUGCUGCACCAGUGCUGGGCCACUCCCGGUGUCAGCCCCUUCCAGCAGCCUCAGUGGCCCAUCCUGUCAGAGGGGUGUCCUUUCGACGGUGACAGCUACAGGACCCGAAUGGUAGCCUCAGACGGGGCAGGGCUGUCCUUCCCGUCACACCACCAGCGCUUUACCGUCACCACCUUCGCCCUCCUGGACCCUGACUCCCAGAGGGCCCUCAGGGGACAGGUUUACUUCUUCUGCCACUCCUCUGCCUGCUCCCCCUCGGGGCUGGAGACGUGCUCCACCACGUGCAGCUCUAGGCCCGCUAGACAGCGAAGAUCCUACACUCCGCACGGCGAGGCCACCAGGCCGCAGAACCUCGUGAGCUCUCCAGGGCCAGUGGACUUUGAGGAUUCCUCCGGGCAGGAGCCUCCGCUGGGGCCCACAGGCUCCCCCAGGAACGCUAAUCAGAGGCCUCUCCUCUGGGUGGUCCUUCUGCUGGUGGCUGUGGCCCUGGUCCUUGGGGUCGGGGUUUUCGAGGGCCUGAGCCAAGCCGCCCAGAAGCUCCAGGAGGGCGACAGAGGGCGACUGGGCUCAAUAAAGCACCGUGUCCAGCCUGCCCAGCGGGUGUGGAAAGCUAUUCGUGGCGACUAG